UAUACAAUGUGACUAUUUAAAUCACAUAUUGGACAAGACCGCCCACAUGACUGUUUUAAAACAGAAUAUUUCAAUAAUGCCAAAGAAGGAUGUCAUGCCUAUCGUUUUAGUCAUUUAAUUGGCCUUAAAUGCGAUUAUUUCUAUUCCUGACAUAAAAUAAUUUCAGUUUUCGAUUCAAGAUGGUCGUUUUAUGUUGUUCUGGAUAGUAGUAAGAAAACCAUUUCAGGUCAUUUGUGGUGAUUCGAAAUAGGCGAGUAUGACCCGGAUUACGCACAGUACCAGUCUGAUCAAUUACAGAAAUCUGUUACGAACAAUGUUUUGUUUCGAAUUUCUUUUCACAUUAUUUUAAUCAUGAUAUAUUUGUCCAGCAUUUAAGAUGAAAUUUAUAUUUAAAAUAUAAACUUGACGAAGUAAAGCGAUAAAAAAAUUAAAAACUGGUUCGGAAAGGGCAAGUUCGCUGUAUGUGGUGAACAAUUCACAGAAAACCAGAUAAGGGGUCAACAAGCUGUCUAAAACUCACUACACAGAUCAAGUGUCAACAAGCUGUCUAAAACUCACUACACAGAUAAGGGGUCAACAAGCUGUCUAAAACUCACUACACAGAUAAGGGGUCAACAAGCUGUCUAAAACUCACUACACAGAUCAAGUGUCAACAAGCUGUCUAAAAGUCACUACACAGAUCAAGUGUCAACAAACAUGCUGAUCAGCAAACUGUGUCUGUGAUGACAUGAGAUUUGCAAGCAAAUAUUUUACUCGGAUGUAUGCUUGGAAAAAGGUCAUGCAAGACUUUUUGAGUGGAAAUGGCAUCUGCAAGUUUUGUGUCAUCUUGUUGCCUUGGUAACCAGUCUAUCAUAAUCAACAGUGACAUCCCACCAAAUCAUGCAUUGCUUGAAGAGACAGUUGUUAGUAUAAUCAGUUUGAUUGUCUCUAUUGCCAGUUUUCUGGGAACUUUUGCUCUAGUGUUACCAUGGCGAUCCAGACAAGUGACAACAUCCAGCAGACAGACCAACUUUGCACAGGGUACUGGUGUGAACCAUGUGACUAAAUGUCUCAUUACUGCUGGUAGCCUCGCUAAUAUUGGUCUGAUUGUGAGAUCCAGUGUGUGGCUAGGUAAAUAUUACCCCCCACCAGAUGAUUCAACCUACCAGGAUGGAAAACACAUUUUCUGCAUCAUUUCUACACUAUGGGUGCAAUAUUUCUUUCUGAGUGUUAUAUUUUGGCACUUGGUCUAUGGACUUGAGACUUUUAUGACCAGUAACAGUAAAAGGAGCUCGUUGUGUCUGCAGUAUUUCCUUGGAUGGGUUGUUCCUGCUGCUCUAUGUGCACUGGCUGCUGUUCUGGCAUACCAGCCAAGUUUAGACAAGUGUGGGGCGAAGCUGGAAGUGAACCGAGCAGUGAUUUAUGUGAUAUUUCUUCUUCCGAUUGUUUUUGUGCUUCUUCUGAUCAUCAUUCUCUUUUAUAAAUCUUAUAAUAAUGUAAAGAGGUCCCUUAUAAGACAUUUUGGGAGGUUUUCAACCCUUGAAAGACAGACAAUGGAUAACGUAUCUAUAAAAUUCAUCAUUAUUACUACUGCAUUCAUUGUUUGUUGGAUCCCUAAUAUAAUGAAUGGAAUAUUUGUGAAUGUGCUGGAUGAUAGAUCAGGACAGUUGGUUCUUGUGUUCAUUGUACUUGAGUCUGUGUUGAAUCCUUUCCAAGUGCUGAUAGACUCCAUGGUGAUGUUCGGAUGGCCGCCAAUAGGCUGUUGUUGUCUCAUAUUUAGAUCACAUUCUCAUGACAGCAGUAACUAUGCCAACAUCAAUGACCUACAGAGGUCACAAAGGUCAAGGUCAUCAAGAGCUAAAGAGACAGAUCCGCUGCUAAGUUUCAGCAGAAACCAACAUACUCUGUGAUAGAUGUCAUUUCCUGUUUUAAGUUACUGCCUUCUUUGAAUUUGUCAUGUUGUUGUUGUUGUUGUUGUUGUUGCUUUUUUAGGAUUCAUAUGGAUAGGAUUUGCUCUUGCAUGGAUAGAACUGCUUUACAAUGUGCUUAUUAUCACUAAAUCUCACCACCUUUAGAUUUUUAUUAGUCUAAAACUUCUUCAUGAAUGUGAGCAGUAAAGAACUGAAAGAAAAUUGUUGUGUUGAAUGCUUCAAAUACAGUGAGGAUCACUUUGAAAAUCCCAUGAGGAAAUUUUUCUCUAUAUUACAGCUGAUUAGAUAAACCUGUGAUCAUUUAAUUUGCAAUUAAUUGACCUUAUUGUUUAGCAUGAAAACUGUUCUCAAAUUUCAUUGAUUUAUAUAUGACAUCAAGUGAUAGGUCUGGGUUUUUCCCCUUAUUAAGUGAAUGUCUUUUCUCAUUGUUAAACAUAAAUGAAAGCAUAAAAUACAAAAAAUAGAUAGACUUAUUCAAAUAUUUUAUUUGGGAUUUUACAUUGUAUGUUCUGAAAAAAAAAAAAGAUUUCCAACAGUAAACAUUGUUGCCAUAUACUGUAAAACAAAGUGCUUGUAUUUUUUUUUUUAUAUAUAUAUUUAGGCUUAUGAUUACCAUUAUAUGAUAUUCAUGUUAUUUAUAUUUUUUGUGCUGUAUAAUUUUAGUCCCAUUGUAAAUAAUUCAGUCAUUGUCAUAAUUGUUAUACUGUCUUAGUUUUAUGAUCUAAUUCUACUAUGUAAUUGGUGGCUUAAACUCAUGGCUAUUUCAUGGGGACAUGAAUUUCAGACAAAGUGGCUAAUCCUUGACAGGACAUGCGUUAAUGGCAAUCAUGGUUUCAGCCAAAGUGGCUAUUUCAUGGGGACAUGCAUCAGUGGCUUUCAUGGUUUCAGACAAAGUGGCUAUUUCAUGGAAACUUGCUUUAGUGGCUUUCAUGAUUUAGCCAAAGGGGCUAUUUCAUGGGGACAUGCUUUAGUGGCUUUCAUGGUUUCAGACAAAGUGGCUAUUUCAUAGGGACUUUAAUGGGUGGCUUUCAUGGUUCAGUCAAAAUGGCUGUUUCAUCAGGACAAGCAUUAGUGGCUUUCAUGGUUUCAGACAAAGAGGCUAUUUUAUGGGGACUUCAAUCUAUGGGUGGCUUUCAUGGUUUCAGCCAAAAUGGCUAUUUCAUGGGGACAAGCAUUAGUGGCUGUCAUGGUUUCAGACAAAGUGUCUAUUUCAUGGGGACUUCAAUGGGUGGCUUUCAUGGUUUCAGUCAGUAAGAUUUAAUGGACAAUCUAACAUUAAACUGUUGUUUUCUUAUGUUUUUUUAACAGAAGAGAAAAGUUGUUAGCAAAGGGAACACAUAGUAGUAACACAUGUAGACUAGCGGCUGGUCGAAUAUGAUUUUCUCAACUGGGUACUAUUCCAAAUAUAUGCCCGUAUUGUACAGAACAAUGUUAAAUAACCUAAUAUGAUACCACAGUACCAGUAUUUUAGAUCAGAUUGUGUCAGUGAUAUGAUACCUAUUUGUAUCUGUAAUUGUGGAUAUAUGCAAUAUAAUGAAUUUAUAUUCAUUUUUAACUAAUUUAUUGUAUUGAAUGACCAAAUGUGUUUUCAGAAUUGUUACAUUUUAUGCUAUGUAUGUUUUAGUAUGUUAUGUUUUAUGAUUUUGUGUCAGAUACUCUUUUUUUAGAAGAUGAUGAAAUGUUGUAAAAGGAUGGGACAUUUAAUCAUGUCAAGACAAAGCACAACUAUAGGUUGUUUUUAGCUUGUGAUGGUGAAUUGCUUCACCCAUGGUGUCAGCAUCUUGUGAACACACCUUGUUCUUAAGGUGGUUGUUUCUCAGUUAUGACUUGUUACACCUACCUUCCCCAUGACAAUAUUAACUGAAUGACAUAGUUUCCUUGACCCUUGCUAUCAUUUUGAUGGACUUCUAUUUUUCUAUUUUCUUUCAUUUACAUUAUUUUAGUUGAUCUAGAGAUGCAUAAUGUUUGAAGUUAAAGAUCUCUGAUAUGACAAAAUCAUCAAAAAACGGUGGUUGUUGGAACAGUGAACUUCCUUCCAUCAUGUAACACUGCUCUUCUUCCAUAGGCAAUGUCCAUGCACAAAUCUUAUAUAAUGCUUUUACAUUUGUGUGUCUAUUUCGUUUCUGAUUUUGUUUUAAAAAAAAUGCUUUCUAUUCAUGCUUUUUUCCUUUGCAUUGUGAAAUUAGGGGGAAGCAAUCUGUAUUGUUCAUAUUUAUUGAAUAUCACAUAGUUUUGUCCCUUAUGUUAAAGAUUUUUUUUCACUUAUUAAAUUAUCUUGAUAUUAAAUUCUCAUCAAGAGAUUUUUUAAGAAACAGCAGAAUCCUACUUACCACAUUGAACCUUCCACUCUAAAAACUCUGUUGAAGGACCAGCAGUGUUCAGGUCAAGGGGUAAUUUCUAAAAAUAUAUAUAAAAGUGUACCUUUGUUUAGUCCAAAAAUCAUAUUAAAGAUUUAAACUCCUAAGAAAGGUAGUUCCUUGUUUUGAAAAUAACCGCAUUUGCAAACUGGUACAGAAGGUUUCACAUUAUGAUUUUUAUGCCCCCAAAGGAAGGCAUAUUAGUUUUCAACUGUCCGUCCGUUCGUUAGUUCGUCACAACGUUAACUUUUUGCAUGAAGGCACUUUACUCACGAACCACUGCACCCAGGACCUUCAAACUUCACACACUGAUAGUACUUAUUGAGUACACCACUCCUACUGACUUUGGGGUCACCAGGUCAAAGGUCAAGGUCACAGGGGCCAACGUUAACUUUUUGCAUGAAGGCACUUUACUCGCGAACCACUUCACCGCAGACCAUCAAACUUCACAUGCUGAUAGUACUUACUGAGUACACCACCCCUACUGACUUUGGGGUCACCAGGUCAAAGGUCAAGGUCACCAGGUCAAAGGUCAAGGUGCUGCGGGGGCAUUUGUCACCAUUAGGGACAGCUCUUGUUAUUAUGCACAAACACUGAAGCAUUUUUUAGCUCACCUGUCACAAAGUGACAAGGUGAGCUUUUGUGAUCGCGUGUUUUCCGUCGUCCGUGCGUGCAUGCGGCGUGUGUCCAUCCGUAAACUUUUGCUUGUGACCACUCUAGAGGUCGCAUUCUUCAUGGGAUCUUUAUGAAAGUUGGUCAGAAUGUUCAUCUUGAUGAUAUCAAGGUCAAGUUUGAAACUGGGUCACGUGCCUUCAAAAACUAGGUCUGUAUGUCUAAAAAUAGAAAAACCUUGUGACCCCUCUAGAGGCCAUAUAUUGCACAAGAUCUUCAUGAAAAUUGGUCAGAAUGUUCAUCUUGAUGAUAUCUAGGUCAGGUUCGAAACUGGGUCAUGUACCUUCAAAAACUAGGUCAGUAGGUCUAAAAAUAGAAAAACCUUGUGACAUCUGUAGAGGCCAUAUAUAUCACAAGAUCUUCAUGAAAUUGGUCAGAACGUUCACCUUGAUGAUAUCUAGGUCAAGUUCGAAACUGGGUCACUUGCCAUCAGAAACUAGGUCAGUAGGUCAAAUAAUAGAAAAACCUUGUGACCUCUCUAAUGGCCAUAUUUUUCAUGGGAUCUGUAUGAAAGUUGGUCUGAAUGUUCAUCUUGAUGAUAUCUAGGCCAAGUUCGAAACUUGGUCACGUGCGGUCAAAAACUAGGUCAGUAGGUCUAAAAAUAGAAAAACCUUGUGACCGCUCUAAAGGCCAUAUAUUUCUUGAGAUCUUCAUGAAAAUUGGUCGGAUGUUCACCUUGAUGAUAUCUAGGUCAAGUUCGAAACUGGGUCACAUGCCUUCAAAAACUAGGUCAGUAGGUCAAAUAAUAGAAAAACCUUGUGACCUCUCUAGAGGCCAUAUUUUUCAUGGGAUCUGUAUGAAAGUUGGUCUGAAUGUACAUCUUGAUGAUCUCUAGGUCAAGUUUGAAAGUGGGUCACGUGCCGCCAAAAACUAGGUCAGUAGGUCAAAUAAUAGAAAAACCUUGUGACCUCUCUAAAGGCCAUAUUUUUCAUAGGAUCUUUUUGAAAAUUGGUCUGAAUGUUCAUCUUGAUGAUAUCUAGGUCGAGUUCGAAACAGGGUCAUGUGUGGUCAAAAACUAGGUCAGUAGGUCUAAAAAUAGAAAAACCUUGUGUCCUCUCUAGAGGCCAUACUUAUGAAUGGAUCUCCAUAAAAAUUGGUCAGAAUGUUCACCUUGAUGAUAUCUAGGUCAGGUUUGAAACUGGGUCACGUGCCUUACAAAACUAGGUCAGUAGGUCAAAUAAUAAAAAACCUUGUGACCUCUCUAGAGGCCAUACUUUUCAUUGGAUCUGUAUGAAAGUUGGUCUGAAUGUUCAUCUUGAUGAUAUCUAGGUCAAGUUUGAAACUGGGUCAACUGCGGUCAAAAACUAGGUCAGUAGGUCUAAAAUUAUCAAAGUCUUUUGACCUCUCUAGAGGCCAUAUUUUUCAAUGGAUCUUCAUGAAAAUUGAUCUGAAUUUUCACCUUGAUGAUAUCUAGAUAAAGAUCAAAACAGGGUCACGUACCUUCGAAAACUAGGUCAAUAGGUCAAAUAAUAGAAAAACCUUGUGACCUCUCUAGAGACCAUAUUUUUCAAUGGAUCUUCAUGAAAAUUGGUCAGAAUUUUUAUCUUGAUAAUAUCUAGGUCAAGUUCAAACUGGGUCACAUGAGCUCAAAAACUAGGUCACUAUGUCAAAUAAUAGAAAAAAGGACGUCAUACUCAAAACUGGGUCAUGUGGGAAGAGGUGAGCGAUUCAGGACCAUCAUGGUCCUCUUGUUUUUGUAUUUUGUUUGCAUACACAAUUUUGGAACUGUUUAAUUUAAUUUGAAUUAGUAGUUGAAAGGUUAACUUGAUUUAUUAAACAAAAAAGAACCAAGUUAUUAAACAAAGACCUAAAUUGAACUAAAUAACAAAGUUUCAUAUUGUAUUUAGGUUGUAGUUUUAUAGACUGUUAUUGAACAGGUGAUUGGGAAAAUGUAAUUAUUUUUAUACACCUGUUUUGAAAAGAGGUGUUUUAUGCAAUGACUUGGUAGGUGUGUCUGAAAAGUUUUUCAACACAUUUUUGAAGGAAAAUACUUCAGACUGUGCAAGAUGAACAUUGAAUUCAGUAUAUCUAAAAUAUUUAUUGUAUGUAAAUGUCUCAAAGUUCUUCAUUCAAACUUGAUACAGGGUAAUGUUAGUUAGACUGGUUCAGGCCACUAACAGGAGAGAGUAAACUGGUGUAUUUCACUGAUAGAAAAUCAGAACAAAUACAAAUAUAAUAUAACUGAUAAAAUUCGUACAGUAUAUUAUUAUAUACACUUUCAGGUGAAAGUUUUCUCAACAUGCCUGUAUAAGAUUUUAUUCUAAGUUUAUGUCAUUUUACUGUAUAACUUAUUCUUGAAAGGUUGUAGGUUUUCUAGAUCUGACUUAUUGUGUUGUAUUUAUUAUAUUGUGUACAUGUUGUUUUAUAUAUAUGUAUUUUAAAAUGUUAUCAAAUAGGUUUACAGUGUAUAAGCCUGAAAAGGUUUAUUUCAAGCUUAGAUGGUAAGAAUGGCUAAUUAUUGAAACCAUUGUUGUUUAUUACCUCCCUUUAUGGGUCUGACUGUGUAAAUUAAUUUGAAAUAUUGAAAUUUGUGCUUUUCUAGCUGGAUUAAUAUGCAGAAGCUGUCUUUUACAUUAACAGAUAGCAUAUUAUAUCAGAGUAAUGCAAUCUGUACUGUUAAUAGAUUGUGUACUGAAAGUAACACAGUCUGUGCCUUUAACAGAUGGUGUACUGAAAGUAACACAGUCUAUACCAUAAACAGAUUGUGUACUGAGAGUAACACAGUCUGUACCAUAAACAGAUGGUGUACUGAGAGUAACACAGUCCAUACCAUUAACAGAUGGUGUACUGAGAGUAACAGUCUAUACCAUUAACAGAUGGUGUACUGAGAAUAACACAGUCUAUACCAUAAACAGAUGGUGUACUGAGAAUAACACAGUCUGUACCAUAAACAGAUGGUGUACUGAGAGUAACACAGUCCAUACCAUUAACAGAUGGUGUACUGAGAGUAACAAUCUAUACCAUUAACAGAUGGUGUACUCGGAAUAACACAGUCUAUACCAUAAACAGAUGGUGUACUGAGAAUAACACAGUCUGUAACAUUAACAGAUGGUGUACUGAGAGUAACACAGUCUAUACCAUUAACAGAUGGUGGACUGAGAGUAACACAGUCUUUACCAUAAACAGAUGGUGUACUGAGAGUAACACAGUCCAUACCAUUAACAGAUGGUGUACUGAGAGUAACAAUCUAUACCAUUAACAGAUGGUGUACUGGGAAUAACACAGUCUAUACCAUAAACAGAUGGUGUACUGAGAAUUACACAGUCUGUAACAUUAACAGAUGGUGUACUGAGAGUAACACAGUCUAUACCAUUAACAGAUGGUUGUAGAGAGUAACACAGUCUGUACCAUUAACAGAUUGUGUACUGAGAAUAACACAAUCUAUACCAUUAACAGAUGGUGUACUGAGAGUUACACAGUCUAUACAAUUAACAGUGUGUGCUGAGAGUAAUACAGUCUUUAUCAUUGACUGAUGGUGUACUGAGAGUAACAGGCUAUACCAUUGGCUGAUAGUGUACUUAGAGUAACACAGUCUGUACCAUUAACAGAUGGUGUACUGAGAGUAACACAAUCUAUACCAUUAACAGAUGGUGUACCGAGAGUAACACAGUCUAUACCAUUAACAGAUGGUGUACCGAGAGUAACACAGUCUAUACCAUUAACUGAUGGUGUACUGAGAGUAACACAGUCUGUACCAUUAACUGAUGGUGUACUGAGAGUAACACAGUCUAUACCAUUAACAGAUGGUGUACUGAGAGUAGCACAGUCUGUACCAUUAACAGAUGGUGUACUGAGAGUAACACAGUCUGUACCAUUAACAGAUGGUGUACUGGGAGUAGCACAGUCUAUACCAUUAACAGAUGGUGUACUGAGAGUAACACAGUCUAUACCAUUAACAUAUAGUUUACUGUAUCAGAGUAACCUGUACUUGGAGAAAUAGUUGAUACCAUUAAAAGGUAUUGUUUAGUUGUUUGGUGUUAGAGUAUUUCAUACUGGCAGAAAUACUUGAUAGUAACAUUGCUUAAUCAAACCCAUCUCACAUUGAAAUCAAAUAUCAAUUCCUCAGACCUGUAAAUCAAAUUAGCUUUCAGUUCAGAAUAAAGUUGUGUUACCUUAAAGUGUUUCUUAUCAUGUUAAUGUAUAUUUUUUAUAUUAAAAAGUUGUAAAUAUGUAUGGUAUGUGAUGUUUUGAAGGUAUGUAAAAAGUAAAAUUCUAACACUUUUAAGAUUUUUUUUUUAUGUGAACAAAGAAGGAUUUUAAGGUGUAUCAUCUUGUCGAUUAAAACACAUUUCACAAAAUGACCAAAUUUUUGCUCUAAGGGAAGUUAUGCGUCCAUUUACACUUAAAAUAGGAUUCCAGAUUACUAUCCCUUCCAGAUGAAAUUCGAAUAUGUUAUAAUGGAAAUAGAUUUUAGUUUUGCAUGCUUUGUUGGCAAAUAAAACAUGUUUAGUUCAGAUGCAUCUUAAUCUAUUCACGGAGGCCGGGUGAUUAAUUACGACACAUCUGAACAAAAAAAAACAUGUUUUAUUUGCCAACAAAACAUGCAAAACUAAAAUCUAUUUCCCAAAUCAUACAUCUAGACCAAUGAUUUGUAAAAGAUUUAUUUCAACAAUGAUUAAUUUUAUAGUGCUUUUUAUUUUAUUUCUAGUGCCAAGUUUGCAUUGCAAGCUAGGUUGGACUCAGUUGAUUUAUUUAAGUUUAUACUUAAGAAAUAAUAAAUAUGUUCCUAUAUUUUAUCAGUUAAUAAAAUAUGGGCAGGAGUUUGGAUGCGUAAUAAUUAAAUCACGAGUGCAUCCAAACGACUGUCUAUGUUUUAUUAAUUGAUAAAAUUAUUGGAACAUAUUUAUUAUUUCGAUUCUAACAACGCAAAUAAUUUGCAUUUUACAGUACUACAUUUUCAGCCUAAUACAUCAUUCGGGUCAUAUGCUGUUACAAUUUACCCCCUAUGGUUAGAAAGAGUUGCAUAGCCAAUGGAACGUAUAGAUAUUUGUUUCUUUUUAUCAGAACUUUGAGAAGUAUUUAUAAUUUAGUAAUCUAACAGCUCGCUAAUUAUGAAGAGAAUCAUCAAAUUAGGCGAGUUGACUCUGUGUUACAAGUUACGAGCUUAACUUUAUAUUACGUCACAUCAUUGUGACGUCAUACUUUAUGUCAUACAUUUAUGACGUCACCGCUGAAUCUUAAUUAAGCUAAUUGAAUUCGCUUGUAGAGAUCGAAACGAGUUUUACGGUCCUACACAUUAGUCAGUAUGUAUAGGUUAUAGAUCAUUUAUUGAACUUCUAAUGCAAUUAAGUUUGCCGAAACGGAGCGUAGCGUAGUGAAGGCAAAACUUAAUGCAUUUAGAAGUUCAAUAAGUGAUCUAUAACCGGCUUAUAGUUUAACGCCCCAUUUCAGGUCAAAACUGCAAAAAGCUCUCUCUGAAGUAAACUAACCACGCCUUCUGUUAAUUCAUUGGCUAGUCUUAUCUUCACUCAUGGUGGAGAAGUACAUGUUUACUACAACUUUAUACAAGGUCAUUUUAGUGCCAGCCUUUAGCAAAACAGCGGUUGAUCCAGUGCUGAUUUCACUUCAGUUUAUAUCAUAAAUACAUCAGUCUUAUCGAGUACUUUGUGGAACACGAUCUUAUAUUCUUAUUCAAUGGAAAUAUAAUAUGCAGGUUUAACUCGUAAUGAUGUAACAGUACAAGUCAAGCAACAACAUGUAUAAAUAAAACAAGACAAAGUAGAAUUUAAGUGCACCCUGGUUUAUUUUUAGACCAGUAGAGGUAGUGAAAGAUACAGAAAGGUCAAACUUGAUCUAUGAAAGUACAGCUUGCAUUAAAAUAUUUGAGCUGCGCCAGACGUCUGGUCAGGAUCUAUGCUGUUCGCUUUCAAAGCCUAUUGUAAUUAGAGAAACUGUUAAUAAGCGAACAGCAUGGAUCCUGACCACACUGUGUGGAUGCGCAGGCUGGUCUGGAUCAAUGCUGGUCGCAAACCCACUAUGUUGGUUUUCACAUAGCACAGCUCAUUUAUCUACUUGGUCCGUUUAUUAGAUCUACAUAGACACAUUGCUUGUAUGCAGUCCCUGCUUUGGUAAUUGCUCCGCCUCCUAGAAUGUGGGAAAUCCAUAAUAGGCGGAACAAUGAAUACUCAUUUAUUUUGAACUACUUCAUGAAUAAGUGGAUCAGAUUCUUCAGUUAUGAAACAAUAUGAAAAUAAGUUGGUUACUUUUUUGAAAAUCCCUCGCUUGUCAUUGGAUAAAAAAGAUGGUUGAACUAUAAGACAUUUUAUCAUAUUUAUGUUUUUGAGAUGCUGUUUUCAACCGUUUGGCCCUGAAAUAAUUUGUAUGUAAUGGAACUGAAGUAGAGUCUCUUAUGCCACAAUCAUAGGGGGUGAAAUGUAACAGCCAACCAUAUUUUAUCGUAGAUUCAUGUAUAGGCGAUUUCGCUAUAUGUUUAUAUACCAAUUGCUGCAGAUCGUGUUAGAAUAGCGAGUACAAAACUUGGUGAUAUCCAUAUUAGUAAACAUCACUUGAACAUUUUGGACUUUAUACAUCAUAUAUAUAUUUUAACUUGGCAGUUUCUUUAUUAUAUGAUAUAUUUACAUAAUGCUUUAUUUGUUACAUAUUUUACAUUUAAUAAGUUGUAUAUUUUAUGCUUUAAUUUUUAUAUUAAAUGUGGUUUAAUUUA